AAUUAUCUUAUUAAUAAUGUUAUCUUAUUCAAUUUCAUUGGGAACACCUCUUAGCUGCCAAUGAAACGUUAAUGAAUUCUAAAAUGUACUUUCCUUUUAGCUAAUGGCAGGCUGAGGUUGUAGGUAUGUUUAUUGAGAUAUACUCCUAAACCUACUAGUCCAUGAGAGAUUUUAUCUUUGCUGUCUAAAGGGUUUGUGAGUCUUCAGAACAGUGUGUAUUUGUGGGUUAAAUGACGAAAGCUUUAAUGUACCAUCACAAUUAGAAAAGUGCUUAUGAAAAUGAGAGGAUAAAUACAUACAAAAACCUUGACUGAGAAUUCUCCUGCCCGUCAAUAGAGCACAUAGCCCACAAGAGAUGAGGGAGAGUGGUGUGUCCGCAUUGUGAUGGCCAGUUCAUCAGUCUAACUUACAUGUUAAAUCUUCUUUUGGACUGUUAUGCUGCAGCCUUGAUUACAGACAUAAUAGGAAGGAAAAGAGAACCUUUUAGGAAAGCAUUGUCUCUUAUGAACAUCAUCAAUCUCUGUUCUUCUAAGCCCCAAAAUAAAAACGUUUCUGUGACUAUCACUUUAUUCAUGGACUCCUUUGUGUGUGUGUGUGUUCAGAGAUGGCACUCAAGACCAAAGUUGUGUAUUUUUUCCUUCAGAGAAAAUGAGAUUGAAGUGCACUUUUUUUUUUACUUUCCUUCAGAUUUCCUUCCUUGCAGUUAAAAAUCAGACCAUUGUUCCAGUACAUACUGAAAGAGGUGGGAAACUGUAUUAUGUGGGAAUUUGAAUCCAAGAGUUUCUGAGUCAAUCUGACUGGAUGAAGAGAAAGAUCUUUUUCUUCUGUGUGACUCCAUGUUUACGGCAUCACCAGGAGAGAUGGACUGGACAACAGAAUCAUCUGGCAUGGAGAAAAGCAGCUGAAAAAUUGUUCCUUCAAAUGCCUUCAGUGCAUGCUUCAUUCCAUUUGCUCUGCUGAUACCACUGUUAAAUGGAGGGAUGCUGACUCAACCAAUUCCCUGGGCUGCCUGUCUUAAUACUUGACAACCUCUUCCAUGAAGAAAGGUUUCAUAAUAUCCAGUUGGAGGAUUCAUCCUAAACAGUGAUCAAUGAAGUCAGUGUAAACCUGCCCUCCUGUACUAGAUAUGGUUCACACUCUGCUCUCCUGCCUUCUGUGAUGGAAGGAAGUCCACAGUGCCACCUCACUAGCACAAGGCAUAAUGUGACAUUAUGAGAACAGUGCUCCCCACAGGUGCUGGCAGGCUGACCUCCUCCCCUCAGCUGCCUUUCCACCGAUCCCAACCGCUUGCAAACACCUUGGCGAGAUAACAGCAUGGUUCCACUAGAAAACCGUGAAAGCAAGAGGAAGUCCGCUGAACAAUGGCAAGGGUGUUUUAUUUCCAGCCCCUGUGACAGCUCAGGAUUAAAUAGAUUUUCAUUGUUCUUUCCCUCCCACAAUUUGGACACAACAUUGGUAAGAGAGCUCAGUAAAUAUGAAGACAUUGAUGAAGAUGAGCUCCUCGCUUCUCUCACUGAAGAGGAGCUGAAGGAGCUGGAGCGGGAGCUGGAGGACAUAGAGCCUGACCGUAACCUUCCAGUGGGGCAACGGCAGAAAAGCCUGACGGAGAAAACACCGACAGGGACUUUCAGCAGGGAAGCGCUGAUGGCCUAUUGGGAGAGGGAGACCAAAAAACUCUUAGAAAAAGAGAGACUGGGUGCAUGUGACAAGGAUUCUGAGCAAGAAGAAGAUAAUUCAGAAGAGCUGCAAGAAGAAUGUUUCACAGAAAGCAAUAGCGAAGUGUCUGAGGAGGCAUAUACUGAAGAGGAUGAUGAAGAAGAAGAGGAGAAGGAAGAUGAAGAUGAGAGUGAUGAUGAGAAUGAGGAAGAGCAAAAUGCUGCAGGUGGCGAAAGACCUGAGAAUGGCAGGAAUUCUGACCACAUCAGACGCAAAAAGUGUAAUGGCUCAAAGGACAGUGAAAACUUACUUAAUGGCCAUGAUGGAAAAGACAAUGAUAGUCAGAGCUUAAAAAGCAGUGCCAUUCACCCUUGUGGAAAUCCAACAGUUAUUGAGGAUGCUUUGGAAAAAGUUAGGAGCAAUGACCCUGACACCACAGAGGUCAACCUGAACAACAUCGAAAACAUCACUUCACAGAUGCUUAUACAGUUUUCCCAAGCCCUGAGGGACAACACAGUGGUUAAGUCAUUCAGCUUGGCUAACACCCAUGCUGACGACAACGUGGCAAUAGCUAUUGCUGGUAUGUUAAAGGUAAAUCAGCAUAUAACUAGUCUGAAUAUCGAGUCAAAUUUUAUCACAGGCAAAGGCGUGCUGGCCAUCAUGAGAGCUCUGCAGAAUAACAAGGUUCUAACAGAACUGCGGUUCCACAAUCAAAGGCACAUCAUGGGCAGCCAGGUGGAAAUGGACAUAGUUAAGCUGCUGAAAGAGAACACCACUCUGGUCAAGCUGGGGUACCACUUUGACCUUGCUGGCCCAAGAAUGAGCAUGACAAGUAUCCUGACAAGAAAUAUGGAUAAACAAAGGCAAAAGCGUAUGCAGGAGCAGCGGCAACAAGAGUCAGGCUGUGAUGGAGCCAUCAAUCCAAAGGCCAGAGUCUUGCAGAAGGGGACACCUCGGUCCUCACCUUAUGUGUCACCUAGGAGCUCCCCAUGGUCUUCUCCAAAGCUCCCUAAGAAAGCACCUCCAGUGAAAAGUCAACCUUCAGCUCCUGCACCUCCCCCUCCCCCACCACCCCCACCCCCACCUCCUCCUCCCCCAGUUAUUCCAGAGAAGAAGGCACCAACCAGGAAUAUAGCUGAAGUCAUCAAACAGCAAGAAAGUGCAAAAAAAGACUUACAUAAUGGACAGAAAAAGAAAAAAGGCAAAAAAAGCAGAAAACAUGAGAACAACAUAUUGAAAGAAAUUAAAGAUUCUCUAAAAUCAGUCUCAGACAGAAAAUCAGAGGAAGGUUCACGACCCUCCACCCGUCCAUCCACCCCACAAAGGUCUCUCCAUGACAACCUUAUGGAAGCGAUCCGGGCAAGCAGCCUAAAGCAAUUAAGGCGGGUGGAGGUACCAGAAGCCCUUCGGUGAAAGCCUGGAUGACAGAAGAAGCAGAACCCUGCGGUGACUGAGGGGAGGUUUCUUGUCCUUUCAUUGGUGGUAACACAGACUGUCUAGCAAGCUGCUUCCGAAGUACUCUCUUAGGUUCAAGCCAUUUCCCUUUUAUUUCAAAGAAAUAAACCCACUAAAAACAAAAUAAUGCUUUAAGGAUCCAUUUGCCUUGUAAUCUGUAAAUAUGGAAAUAAUUUUCUUUUUUAUUUAACAAGAUUUCUAUUGAGAAAUUGCUGCUUAUUUAGAUAUUCUUGUCAAUAUCUGAUUGCACAUCACUUGGCAAGUUCUUCACACUGAGAUGUAAUAGUUUAACAGCCUGUGGUUUCUUCUGGUUUUUCCAUGAAUUUACAAUAAAUGUGGUUUGAAGCUUUCAAGCAG